GGGUGCUCGGGCGGCAGCGGGCUCCGCGUCAGCAGCUGCUGCGGUGCGAGGCAGCGUCGGCUGCGUCGGCCGCGGGUUGGAGCAGCUCAGGUGCGGCCCCGCCCCGCCCGCCUGCGGCCCCGCCCCGGCCCAGGUGAGCUGCCCCGCCCCGGCCCAGGUGAGUGGCCCCGCGUCCGCCGGUGUGACCCGAGUCCGCCUGACCACCUGUCCCUCCGGUGGCCCUGGGUGUGCGUGUCCCCAAUCGCGGCGAAGCCUGUAGGGGCGCCACGUCGCCGCCUGGGCAGCGUGUGCGGGUCCGCGGCCACUCUUGGGCCCCCAGCCAGGAAACCUUGACUGCACUAAGGGUUUGCAGGGUGCCCAGGCCCUAGGGACUCUCUGGACGAUGGGAUGACAGAUGCAGGAGGACCCGGAGAAGGCCCCGACGGAGAUUGUGAGAACAGUAAGUGUGGCCCAAAGAAGAACAUUUUUAAAGAAAUAUAACCAUUGGGGAUGAUAGCAGAUUCACAAUGGAGGUUCCCCCAGCAACCAAGUUUGAUGAGACCUUUGCAUUUGAGAACAGGUUAGAGUCACAACAAGGACUUUUCCCAGGGGAGGAUCUGGGGGACCCUUUUCUUCAGGAAAGAGGUUUGGAGCAAAUGGCUGUGAUCUACAAGGAGAUCCCUCUUGGUGAGCAGGACGAAGAACAUGAUGAUUACGAGGGGAAUUUCAGUUUGUGCUCAAGCCCUGUUCAGCAUCAAAGUAUCCCCCCAGGAACCAGACCCCAGGAUGAUGAGCUCUUCGGACAAACCUUCCUCCAGAAAUCCGACCUCAGCAUGUGUCAGAUAAUCCACAGUGAAGAACCGAGUCCAUGCAAUUGUGCAGAAACAGACGGAGGGGACUCAGGACCUAACGCACCUCACAGAACCCCACAACCAGCCAAGCCCUACGCGUGUCGAGAGUGUGGGAAGGCCUUCAGCCAGAGCUCACACCUGCUCCGACACCUGGUGAUCCACACUGGGGAGAAGCCCUAUGAGUGCUGUGAGUGCGGGAAGGCCUUCAGCCAGAGCUCCCACCUGCUCAGGCACCAGAUCAUCCACACCGGGGAGAAGCCCUACGAGUGCCGGGAGUGUGGGAAGGCCUUCCGCCAGAGCUCAGCCCUCACUCAACACCAAAAGAUCCACACUGGAAAGAGGCCCUACGAGUGCAGGGAAUGCGGGAAAGAUUUCAGCCGGAGCUCCAGCCUCAGAAAACACGAGAGGAUUCAUACAGGAGAGAGACCUUAUCAGUGUAAGGAAUGUGGGAAAUCCUUCAACCAGAGCUCAGGCCUGAGCCAGCAUCGGAAGAUCCAUACCCUAAAGAAACCUCACGAGUGCGAUCUCUGUGGGAAAGCCUUUUGUCACAGGUCACACCUCAUCCGACACCAGCGGAUCCACACUGGGAAGAAACCAUACAAAUGCGAUGAGUGUGGGAAGGCCUUCAGCCAGAGCUCCAACCUCAUUGAGCACCGCAAGACCCACACCGGCGAGAAGCCCUACAAAUGCCAGAAGUGCGGGAAGGCCUUCAGCCAGAGCUCCUCCCUCAUCGAGCACCAGCGCAUCCACACCGGUGAGAAGCCCUACGAGUGCUGUCAGUGUGGCAAGGCCUUUUGCCACAGCUCUGCGCUGAUCCAGCACCAGAGAAUCCACACCGGCAAGAAGCCCUACACCUGCGAGUGUGGCAAAGCCUUCCGGCACCGGUCAGCCCUCAUCGAGCACUAUAAAACCCACACCAGAGAGAAGCCCUACGUGUGCAAUCUGUGCGGCAAGUCCUUCCGGGGGAGCUCACACCUGAUUCGCCAUCAGAAGAUUCAUUCUGGGGAGAAACUAUAGAAAGAGGAGCCCACACAAAGCUUGAAAGCCUGUGCUAGAUGGAGCCCUUAUUCCACAUUGCGUGGUCUCCAAGACCCCACCUACCUCCCUGAUGCUGAAUGGAAACCUUCCCACCUAAGCGCUCUUGAACAUCCCACUAGCAGGAAGGCCCCGCGUGGCCCCCGGCCAAGCACGCCAGCUCUCAGCAGGUUUUCUGCAUGGAAGGGAAGGUGGAGUGAUAGGGAGGGCAGCCGGAAAAGACAGCUGGCCUUCAGUUUCUCCUUCUUGCAUUUGACUCCCAAGCCUACAGGAUUUCAUUUUGCCCUGUCUUCACUUUUCCCAGAAUCCAGAAGAAUAAAUGCCAAGAGGUAGAAAGUUGAAUUAAACCCAGGAAAAUAGCAGAUGAACUCUUUAAAUCAGGCUGCAGUCUGGCACUUUUAGAAGACAGAAACCACACUCACAGUCCAAAGCAGCAGGAAAAAAAUGAAUUCAAAAGUAGAUGUGUCAGCA